GCUUCAGGUGACAGAGCGAGCGCAGUCAGUGGCGUCACAGAUCUCGUCUGAUGGACUCAACAGAACCUUCGCCGCGAACUGCACAUCAUUAUGAAAACAAUAGCGAUUUGCUAUUUGCGAUUGGAUUAUGAUAUUUUUAAAGACAGUGGAAUAUGACACAGGGAAACAGAGCUGCUGAGGCGAAGUUUUGUCAGGUGUGGAAGAAAAAAGCGUUUGGACGUUAAAGGCGAAAAGCUGCGUUGACUAGAUCUCAAUCUACAUGUCUCUAAAGAGCUCCUGAGCCCUCUGAAGAUGCAAAUGAUUUCUGCCAUGCAAAAUACCGUGUCUCCAGCAGCAGCUUUCAGCAGUGGUAGGUUGUCAAUGUCUAAUGCUACCGUUCAGUUAUCCAUGUUUGGUUAUAUUCAGCAUCCACUCCAGCACUCAUGAUGGUUUAGUCCUGCUGUGAGAGCACAACAAUGACAUCCAUGGUUGCCAAUGGGACUCGAGGUGGCCAGCCACUGGUCCUGAAAGGAGUGGACCCUGAAACAUGCAUGAUCGUGUUCAGAAACCACUGGGCACAGGUGGUGAAGAUCCUAGAGAAGCACGACCCGUUGCGCAGUAUUGUUGGUGGUCUGGGUGGAGGUCACGGUCUUGGUGGGGGCGGAGGACUCGGCAGCUUCCGUUUCGGUCCAGUCCCUGGCGAUGAGGCCAGCGCCGUGCAGAACUAUGUAGAGCACAUGCUCUUCCUCCUCAUGGAGGAGGAGUGUGGUCAAAACGGAGCCAUGGGGCCCAUCCUGGAGUUUGUGGUGAUGGAGAACGUGUUGGAGAGACUGUUUAUCUGGAGCUUGAGGCGAGAGUUCACAGAUGAUAUGAAAUUAGAGCAACUGAAGAUGUAUGAGAUGCUGAUUGGACAAGCCAGGCAGCCAUUACUUCAUCAUAAACCAGUGCUCAAGCCUUUGAUGAUGCUUUUGUCAUCCUGCUCCGGCUCCCCAUCGGGUCCAAGCUCCCCUGCUGUGGAGACAGAGCUUGUGCUGCUCCUGAACCAGCUGUGCUGUGUUCUGGCUAAAGACCCAUCGGUUCUGGAGCUUUUUUUCCAUACGAGUGAGGACCAAGGAGCUGCUAAUUUCCUUAUCUUCUCCCUACUCAUCCCUUUCAUACACAGGGAAGGGUCAGUCGGACAGCAGGCCAGAGAUGCGCUUCUGCUCAUCAUGGCUCUUUCUGCUGAGAACCAUGUUGUGGCUAAACACAUCGCAGAGAACACCUACUUCUGUCCGGUUUUGGCUACAGGUCUGAGUGGGCUUUACUCCUCUCUGCCUACCAAGUUGGAUGUACCCAGUGAAGAGUGGCACUGUCUGCACCGUGAGGACUGGCAGCAGCUGCCUGCUCUUGUGCAAUUUCUUAACUCCUUGGAGUUCUGCAAUGCUGUCAUACAGGUGGCCCACCCUUCCAUCAGAGACCAGCUGGUAGGCUACAUUCAUAAUGGUUUUCUGGUCCCUGUUCUAGCACCAGCAUUACACAAGUUGACACUUGAAGAGGUGAUGACCACUACAGCAUACCUGGACCUCUUCAUACGCAGCGUUUCUGAACCUGCAUUGCUGCAACCCUUCCUAAGCUUCAUCCUGCUCCAUCGUCAUGACAAUGUACACAUUUUGGACACACUAGUUAGUCGCAUCAACACUCCCUUUCAGCUUGGCACUGUAUCGCUGGCCCUGUUCCGCACUCUCAUUGGCUUGUAUUGUGAGGAUGUCAUGCUCCAGUUGGUAUUCAAGUACCUGAUCCCCUGUAACCACAUGAUGUUGAGUCAGCGUAGAGUCCUGAGAGAAAGAGACUGUUACUCUGUAUCAGCCGCCAAGUUUCUAGCCCUUACACCCUCCUGCUGUUCUCCAGAGGUCAUCCCCCCUCCACUCAGACAACUGGACUCUAUCCUCUGGUCAAAAGGCACUGAUGGCUCCCAUAUAGGAACUAUGGAAUCAAAAGAGGUCCUCUCAGAGGAGGAUGACUGUGGUAACUCCUGUGUCAUUGGCUCAGAGAUCCACCUGGAUGUCAGUUACCUGCACUACUUGUACGAUGCACAAAACAGCAUCAAUUACUGUAUGGGAGCGUGCCGUGUGUGGUCGGCCCCUUACGAUGGGGAGAACCCUCCUCCAGAAGGAUACCAGUGCAGUACCUUGGAAGAAGCAGGUAGGACUCGGCCAUCAGCUACCAGCAGAAAAACCCCAAAUCAAAUGCAUCGCUCCGGUCCAACCCUCAAAGAUCACACUGCUACUCCCGGAUUGCUGGAGCUGGAGUGGGAUGAUAGUUAUGAUGCUUGUCCUACACAACUGCAACCAGAGGAAGAUCCCGAGACUCGCCCCAUCCCGGACGAGCCCCCAAAACACAUUCAAGAACUGCGUAGAACUGCUAUUAUGAUUGUGAAGGGCUCUUACAUCGAAGAGUCUGAGUUCCAGAAUGAUGUUAUGGUCUAUGAUCUGGUCGCUCAGAGGGAUGCUCGUGACUCUUGUAAUAGGUAUCAUCCCUCAUCCAAACCUACAGAAGCAGCAAAGCAUGAGAUGUUAGAUGAACCAGUAACUGAUCAAAAGACUACAUAUUCAGAAUCAAUGAGCAAUGGCUUGAGCUCCCCAUUAGAUGAAAUGGACAGUAAAAAGAGAGGGUCCCAAUCAGACUAUAAGUCACUGGAAGGGGAGGACCUUAUGGCCCAGUAUGAGGAACUCAUAAGGACUUUGGGUGCACAGCACAGUCCAGCAAAAACGGACCGUGAACUCAAGAGUCCUACAGACCUCAUGGAUGAGGAGGAAGAUGAGAUUGACUUUAACUCUUUCUCCCCAGAGACACCAGAGGCAGAAAAGUUACCAUCUACCUUUGGGACCAAACCCCGCAGUGGGAGCAGGGGACAUGCUGUACCUUUUACAGGUCCGUUUCUGAGUGUACUGCUGUCUCGUCUAGAAAACAUGCCAAGUAAUUCUCUCCAUGUGAACUUGCUUCUGACUGGCAUCCUGGCCCAGUUAGCUGCUUACCCUCAGCCCCUGCUGCGCUCCUUCCUUCUCAACACAAACAUGGUGUUCCAGCCUAGUGUCCGCUCACUAUACCAGGUACUGGCCUCAGUGAAGAACCAGAUUGAACAGUGGUCAGCGAAUUAUAAAGACUUCCCUGAGCUCCUCACAGCUGCCCAGCACUGCUUAUUGGCCAGGGAGAGUUCACUUAGAGACUCUCAGAGUCCACAGAAUGCAGAUUGGUUCCAUAGUUCUGAAGGAGACAUAAUCAAGACGAAACCGAAUAUCCAACCCAAAACUGUGGUUCCCCUAAAUAAAACGGAGGUAUACGCCACAGUUCUUUUCACAGAGUUCCUGAAAGAGCUCGCAGCCUUUGCACAAGAACACUCCAUCCUUUCUCAUCUUCCCACGGAGCAGUAGCCUCUGAUUCUGUUUUUAUCUUUGUUGGUAAUGUUUCCAGGAAACUUUUGAACUUUAGCUCUUAUUGUAAGCACUAAAACUACACUGUAAACUCUAAAUUAAUGUGGGAAUGUUUUUCAGACUUUUCUCUUUUUGGGAUAUUUUGAUGGGGGGUUCUUUCAAGCAUAUGUCUGUUGUGUGAAUAAUCAUUGAAACUUGCCAUAAAACACAGUCACUGAUUUGCCUUCAUUUCAUAAAGUUGACUUAGGGAGAGAAAUGCUGGUUGUCUUAACUUAAAUUUCAGGCCUAAACUAGAUGAUGUCCAUACAGUCAUUGAGCAAGAGGUGAGGAGACUUUACAAUACUUGAGGACCAGAUUCUCUAGACUGUAUAGUGCUGCUGAUGUCUUUUUGCUGGAAUGUUCCCAUGAUGGCCUUAUACUGAUAGUGCCUAUUCCUUUAGUCCUUAAUUUUCAACAUUGUCUUUACAGUUUUAUAUACAGUAAGCAUACUUAUUAAACCUGGUCACUUGGCCAUUUUAUGUAACUUAUGUGUAGGAUUGCUGGAUUUCCUCUCACUUUGAGAAACAAUUCCUCCACAGUCGUUCUGGUUCUGUGUAGAGCAUCACUGAUAUGAACUUUCACAUUUUCAUGAGUUGUUAAUGAACAUCUUUGAAACUAGCAGCACGCAUGCUUGUUAAUUAGGAUGAGGUGUCUGUCUUUAUUGGGGUAAGAUAUACACUACUGUUCAAACGUUUAAGAUUACUACGUUUUUGUUUUAUUUUAUUUAGAAAAAAAGAAAUACUUUUAGCCAGGAAGGACACGAUAAAUUGAUCAAAAGUGAAAAUGUUUUGCAACAAUAUACAAGUUUAUCAGCCCUAUAAAAUAAAUACUGUUCUUUUGAACGUAUUCAUAAAACAAUCAUGAAAAAUUAAUUACAGUUUUGACCAAAAUUUGAAUUCAGACUUUUUCUGCUUUUAAUAAGGAGAUGUAGCUGAAAAUUCAGCUUUGCCAUCACAGGCGUAGAUAACAUUUUGUAAUUUGUAUUAAAACAGAAUAGGUAUCUUAAUUUCCAAUAUUUCACGAAAUUACUGUUUUUACUGUAAUUAUAUCAAAUAAAUGCAACCGUGAUGAGGAUUAGAGACUUCUUUCAAAACCAUUCAAAAAUAUUUUAAAAUGUAGUGUUUUAAAACUAUUUUAGAGGGAUAUACAAUCUUAUAUUGUUACAGACAUUUAGAUUUUUGUUUCUUUGUGUUAUUGUUGCAUGGCCCCUGAAAAUGGCCAUGAAGGACAAUGAUUUUGCUGAAAAAUGAUCGGAGAGAUCACAAUCAGAGUUGCAUUCAUCUUUUCUUUCUUUUCUUUUUUAAAGAUUAGUACAAAAAAGCAGUUGAUAAGCAAUUCCAGUGUAUCUAAACACCCACAUGCAAAAGAGAUGGUGUCCAAAGAAGUUGAUUUAGAAGUAUUUUUACCAUGUUAUAUAUCAAAACACAUGAGCUUGUUCAGUAAUACAUGUUUUCGAUACAAACUGAUUGUUACAUGAAAUUUACAAGUGCACCUUAUUGAUUAUACAAAUUAGCGAUUAUGCUUUAAAUAGAAUUUUACAAGUAAUAUUUAAAAAUGUUUAUAUUUCACACAUUUGAUUAAUUGACUUCAAUGUAUCCAUUGGCUUUGAUUGUUCCAUACUUAUUUUUUUUUAAGUAGAUGUUCUGCAUGAAGUCCCUCCCUAACUGUCAAUCAAAAUUGAUUACCAAACAUCCUGAGGUCGCAAUUUAGCAUGUUAAUCCAAAGAUAUUUAUAUGCAUUUUUUAUGUACCACAGAUGACCUUUAUUUGGGGAAUCAAGAGCUAGAUUACAAAUUCUAUAUUAAAAUGCCUUUACUGGUGGUAAGCAAUACUUCAGUUUUACAUCUCUAUAGUUCUGUAUUUAGGUUGUAAAAAGAAAUCCUGAAUCUAAUGUCACCAGCUCAUCUUUUGACCUGCUCGUUUUAUGUUCAGACAGGAAACUGAUCAGCAUGUUUGUAUGUCAAAUGAAAAUGGCUUAUGUGUCAGAAUGUAUGAAGGCAUGACAUCUUGAAUAAAGAUAUCUCCUGUCCACUAGCACAA